AUCUUCGUAGGAGCUUUCCAAAUAAAUAGCUUAGUAGCCACAUUAGCUGCGCUUGGGAUGAUUCUAGGCGCAGCGUAUUCCCUUUGGCUGUAUAAUCGUGCGGUUCUCGGAAAUGUAAAACCCAAUUUCCUCCAUAAAUUCUCCGAUCCAAAUGGAAGAGAAGUUACGAUCUUUCUACCUCUUAUCGUUGGAGGGGCGACCGUUGAACUACCGAAGAAAUGGCCGAAGAACAAAAUGGUCUGAAUGUGAUCACGACAUCUGCCUGCGGAUUGCAGGUGCUCGCGAAUACGGGGGUGCAACCUACCUCAUAAACAAUGGGUGACUGACAUAGCCCGUUGCAGAGAGGUCCGAUCGGCCCGGGCUCUCCGAAGGACAGUUGAACGAGUGACUCGUGAAUGCUGCCGGGAUUUUUCGUCCCGUCAGUUCCUCGAGCAAUCAAUAGCAAGAAAUCCUCCAGUCAAGGCUAAGAAAUCCUCCUCACCAUGAUAUGGACUCCGAGUUCCUAUGGCAGAGCACGAGGGCCCCUAUCUAGCCCCUACUAUACUAUAUAAAGGGGGGGGGCCCCCACUAGAGUUCCCCUACUCUAUAAUGACAGGGGGGUGGGGGGGGGCGCCCGUAGGGGAACCACUCGCCCUACUGGGUGAAAAAAAAGAGAGGAAGGAGGGUAGAUGGCGGUACUCUCCCGCCCCUCUCCCGACGUCAUAACUUAGAGUCUCCCGAAGUAAUAACUCAGUCCCGACGUAAUAACUUAGAGGGAGGGGCCCUCGGGCUGGGGCUCUCCCUUAGCCCUAUCCACCUAUCCUAGCUAUAGCCCUGUUGAACCUGUAGUGCCGGGUAGCCCUGCAGGGGUGGGGG